AUGCCUAUUCAUCACGACCCCCUAAACCCAACCCUAACCCUCAACUCCCCCAACCCAAGACACAAAAACAUAAUCCUCACACGCCCCCGCACCACAGACGCAAAUCCCACAAUCCCCGCCUUCAACAACCCCUCCAUCUAUCUAAAUCUCACAGGUCCCCCCUUCCCCUACACCCAAGAAUCAUUCGAUUCCUUCUUCUCAGAAGUCCUCGAUAAAAAUGCAAGGAUUGCAGUAGCGGAAUUAUGGGAUACGAGGGAAGCGGAGAGGAAUCGUGAGGGAACGAGAUGGGUGGGUGCGAUUCCGUUCCCGAGUAUUAGGGAGGUGGUGCUUGGGGAGGGGGGUGUGAGGAGGGAGUUGUUUAUUGGGCAGGUGGAGGUUAGGAGGAGGGGGUUUGUGACGGUUUUGGAUGGGGAGGUGAGGGAGGGGUUGGUGCGGGAGAAUUUGGUGAGGAGGGUGGGUGAUCCCGGGAUUGAGUGGGAGAUUGGUUUCUGGCUCCUCCCCUCCCACCACGGCCAAUCCAUCAUGCCAUACGUCCUCCAAACCCUCCUUUCCGAUUUCUUCAUCCCAUACAUGAAUAUGCAUUUUCUGACAGGUGAAUAUCUGGAAUUUAAUACGGCUAGUAGGAGGGUUUUUGAGAAAUGUGGCUUUAAGUUUGAGGGGGUUACGGAGGGGGUGGAGAGGAUACAUGAGGGGAAGUUGGGGGCGUUGGGGGAGUGGUUGGGGAGGGAACGGGAGAGGGAGGGGAAGAAUGUGGGUGGGAGGGAGGAUGGGGAGGAGAGGAAGGAUGGGGAGAUGGAAAAAGAGUGGUUGUGGGAUGGGAGGGGAGAUGCUUGGGUAAACGGGGAGAAGGUAGGUGUGGGGAGUUUGAGGUGGUGUAGGGUUGGAGGGGAAGGGAUUGACAAUUAA